GCUGACAAAUGUCUUUUUCUUCCAUGAGGCAAAGCAGUAAAGAAAAAGAAACUAUUAAGCGAAUAUAAUGGACCGACACGAAGACAAGGAAACGAUUUAAAUUUAAAGGAUAAAAUAUUUCUCAAAUGGAAUUUCAAAGAGUAAUGAAACCAAACUGAUUUACCAAUUUGAGCGAAGAAACCGAAUUCGUUUUCAGAGAUGCGCCUUUCCACUGAGGACUGAUGAAGAGAUUGGAUCGCGGUGGCCUUUCAUUCAAAAAAUUCAGUCAGUGAUAUUCUUUCCACCGCCGCGAUAGCUUACGAGUCACGCAGAUACCAGCGAGCUUCGCGAAGCGCCAGAUAUCACACACACAUUCUGAGUGUCGUUACAUCACUUCGCGAGAGUCUAAUAUAUAAAAAUUGCAAGUGAUCAAGAAACUGCUGAUUUUUCAUAUUAAUCAGUAAUAUCUGUUUUUCGAACGCAAUACUCUACUUCAUCAUCAAUAUUGCUGUAUUGCGGAAUUUAAGAGACUGUAUUAGGAUAAGAUAAUUAAAAAUAUCGUAAAGUGAUUAAAAUAUUAGAUUUGACAACAAAGAAAUAUAUAUAUGUAUACACUGUGUCUCGCAAUUACAUAUAUACUGUGUGACAAAAUUGGAGAAAUUUUGUAUGUGUUCAGUUAAUUGUACAAUUAAUAAUAACGCUCUCGAAAAAUUGUGAUAGUGUGAUUCUAAUGAGUAUUGUGUGAGCGAUUACAUUCAUCUUUGAAAAAAAUACGAGAAGAAUUUCUGCAUCAAAUACGUGAUCAUUCGUAGCGUAGUGUCACUCUUCGAUUUGUCCGCGUGACGACGCGCACGUGUCAGCAGCCUGCGUAUACACAUAGCACUUGAGCCUAUUAUUUGUACAGAAGACAUCUCGAGUGCCGUUACAAGGAACGAGCAGGUUCUCGCUCAACUUCUGCGUAGAUUCACCAGUUCUCGAUUACAUUAAUCAUGAUUGCCGCAGAUGACAAGAUCGUACGCGCGUCGACGCGCGAAACGAUCGAGCUGCAUUUCCUGUCUUUUACCUACGGCAUAUACCUGAUAAUUAAACGAUUCUUUAAAUGGGUAUGGGACCCCAAGAAGUUCUUCAUGCUGCAACAGCGGGACCAGCCACCGCUGUGUUUGGUCGACAAUAGCCUCGGCACGCAUUCCUACGUGAAAAUCAAGGGUGUUAAAUUCCAUUACGUAGAAGCAGGAGACAAAAGUAAACCGCUCGUAUUAUUAUUACAUGGAUUCCCGGAUUGCUGGUUAUCUUGGAGAGAACAAAUUCCACGUCUCGCAGAACACUACAGGGUAGUGGCUAUAGAUUUAAAGGGAUUUGGCGAUAGCGACAAACCGUUCAACAAAAGAUCUUAUAAAGUCGAAAUUUUAAUAAAUGAGUUGAAGCAAUUUGUGUUGACUUUCGGUGUAAAAACAUGUAGCAUAAUCGGCCAUGAUUUAGGAGGACUUCUGGGAUGGUACAUGGUCGCUUUACAUGAAGAACUCGUUUAUAAAUUUGUUGCUAUUUCGAGCCCGCAUCCUAAUUUCUAUUGGAACAGGGUAUCGGGAAAUUCCGCAUUAGAUGGAAAGUGGAUACAUUUUAGCAGACUACCAUUUCUACCAGAGAUAGAUGCGCUUAAAGAAGACUUAUCUAUUAUUAACGAGACAUUUAAGCAUCUUCAAAUAUCUCAGAAUGGCACAGAAAAAAGCUAUGUCGAGGCGUACAAAUAUGCCUUUAGCAGGAAAGAGGACUGGACAGGACCGAUCAAUUAUUAUCGUAAUCUUCCAUUUACAAGACUGAACAUAGAUAAUGGCGCACAAAUUGAUAGCAAAACACUGCUAAUAGUCGGAAAUAUGGAUCCUUUUGUUACGAUAGAGAGUAUCAUCCAAAGCGCCGAAUAUGUAGAAAUAUCCAGGGUUAAGAUUAUAUCAGAGGCGCAACAUUUUCCGCAUCAAGAAAAACCGACCGCCGUAAAUGAGGCGAUUAUCAAGUUUUUGAUAGGUACAACAUACAACUUGCCACCUUCAAAGGUGGCUUCAAAAAGUCUUGUAUCCUCCUGGUUAGGAUCUUUAAGUAAUACUGUUAAGUAUGGCAAUCAUAUGAUUGACGCUAUGCAUAAACGGACUAACGAUGUAGUAAAUGUUUUACCCAGCAAAGCACUUUAUUUGGGUCAAACAAGUUAGAUGGGGAAGAGAGUGUUAUUUGAUAUAUCAACGUCACAUAUUUAAAUUCUACACCUUAUUCUGAAAAAUCUAGAAAGAUCCUACUUAUGUGUGUCAACGCUGACAUAUGAACUUCUUAAAAGGCUGAUUUAUGGUCCUAUUUAUUAUUAUUUCCUUUUUAUAUAUAAAUAUGUUAUUACAAUGGGAAUUGCAAUUUUUGUGCACUGAGAAAAAAAAGUUGUUAACUUGACUAAAUUCGUCCAAUUAAUUACUA